AUGCAGACUGCUUCUACAAACAUUUGUGAAAGAAUGGGUCGCUCUCAGGAGCUCAGUGAAUUCAAGCGUAGUACCGUGAUAGGUUGCCUCCUGUGCAAUAAGUCCAUCCGGGAAAUUUGCUUGCUACUAAAUAUUCCACAGUCAACUGUUAGUGGGAUUAUAACAAAGUGGAAGCAACUGGGAACAACAGCAACUUGGCCACAAAGUGGAAGGCCACGUAAAAUGACAGAGCGGGGUCAGCACAUGCUGAAGUGCACAGUACUCAAAAGUCGACAACUGUCUGCAGAGUAAAUAGCUGUAAAGCGCUGAACAAACUGUUGGUGCUUUCAUGUGGCCUUCAGAUUAGCACAACAACAGUGUAAUAGAGAGCAUGGCCGAGCAGCUGCAUCCAAGCCCUACUUCACCAAGUGCAAUACAAAGCAUUGGAUGCAGUGGUGUAAAGCACGCCGCCACUGGACUCUAGAGCAGUGAAGACGUGUUCUCUGGAGUGACAAAUCACAUUUCUCUGCCUGGCAAUUCAAUGCACGUGUCUGGGUUUGUUGGUUGCCUGUCAAAUAUUAAAUCCAAUGCAUU